CAGAAAUCCAAUGAGUUGGGUGGCGACGGGCAUUCUGCGAUGCCGUCGCCCAAGGCAACCUCCGGAGCAGCGGCUCCUGCGGCCGAUGUCGAGUUCCCGACCUUGACGGAACUCAAGCAUUCGAUUCCGAAUUCGUGCUUUGAGUCGGAUGCUACCAUUUCACUCUACUACGUUUUUCGAUCAGUAGCAUUGACUGCUGCGUUGAUGACGGGACUCACUCAUGCCCGCGCUGCCGUCGCCGACUGGAUGGUGCUAGACCUCCUGAUAUCCCUUGCGUACGUGUACGUGCAAGGCGUGGUGUUCUGGGGCGUGUUCACCAUUGGCCACGACUGCGGACACAGCUCGUUUUCUCGAUACCACAACCUCAACUUUAUUGUGGGCUGCAUCAUGCACUCUGCGAUCUUGACUCCAUUCGAGAGCUGGCGCAUCACCCAUCGCCACCACCACAAAAACACGGGCAACGUGGACAAGGACGAAGUGUUUUACCCGCAACGCGAAAAGGACGAGUACCCCAUGACCCGCAAGAUUGUGUACACACUCGGUCUGUCCUGGUUCAUCUACCUCAAGCAAGGCUACGUGCCGCGCACCAUGAACCACUUCAACCCUUGGGACCCGCUCCUCGUCCGUCGGACGGCCGCUGUGAUCGUGUCGCUCGGGUUCUGGCUGUCGGGGGUCGCGAUCGUUGGGUACCUGACCCUCACCUUGGGCAUCAAAACGAUGGCUCUGUACUACUUUGCGCCUCUGUUUGUGUUUGCCUCGUUUCUGGUCGUCACGACCUUUUUGCACCACAAUGAUGAAAACACGCCUUGGUACGGCGACUCGUCGUGGACGUACGUCAAGGGCAACCUGUCGAGCGUCGACCGCAGCUACGGCUGGCUCGUCGACGAGCUGAGCCACAACAUUGGGACGCAUCAAGUCCACCACUUGUUCCCGAUCAUCCCGCACUACAAGCUCAAUGACGCAACAAGCCACUUUCGCAAGGCCUUCCCGCACCUCGUCCGUGUCAGCAACGAACCGAUCGUGCCCGCGUUCUUCAAGACGCUCGAUUUGUUCGUACACUAUGGCAUCGUGCCGGACAACGCGGAAAUCUUUACGCUGCGCGAACGUGCUAACUCGGUGAAGAAGACGCUUUAGAUAAUACACUAGAUACCUUUUGGUUGUGCA